GCCACCAACAAGGAUAAAAACCUCCUCCCGAUUGAAGAAGUCACCAUGCCUUCCGAUGACGUCAGCGAUUUGAGAGACGUCGUCGACGCCAUCAACAAACUCUGCGACACGAUGAAAACGUCCAGCUGCGACGAGGACACUUUCGAAAGCUGCUCCCGAUCGGGCAGCGUCGAUUUAGUCGACGCGCUCAUAACUGAGGAGACGAUCCCCGAAGAAACGGUCUUGGAAGAAGUCGAGAGCGACCCCGACUGGUACGUAGCGUGUCGCGUGGAAACGGCGGAUCCGAGCGACGUUAUAUUUAAGAAAGUGGAGCAUUACAAUACGGACACGUGGCGACAAUCCGUUUCUAGGCUAGAGGUGGCCUUUCCGGAGGAUGUAGUCGUGAGUACCGCUGAGACGUAUAUAGCGGAAACGUGGAGAGAUCUGCAAGCGGAAAUUGAGAAAACCGAGCAGGAUAGAUGGAGUGAGUCUUCGAGGGUAGAAAGUUCAGAAUCGGAGCAGAAAGCGCACGAUAGAUUGAAUGAAAAGUCGACUAUAGAAACGGUGAUUCCAGAUGAAGUAUUGCAGAAAGCCAAAGCUGAGACGCAAGAUAGAUGGAGUGAUCCUUCCUCGAGAGAAAUAGUAAGUCCAGAAUUCGUGGAAAGAGCGAAAGUAGAGACUCAAGAUAGAUGGAGUGAUCCUUCAUCUAGGUCAGAAAUAGUGAGUCCGGAGAUAGUGCAGAAACACGAGGGUUCAGUAGAGAGAUGGAGUGAUUCUACCAUGUCCUUGCCGGGGCAGAUAGAAGAGGAGACGGUGACGUCUGACGAGCGACAGGCUCAUGAGAGCGAGAUGUACUAUACAGCUUCGUCUGAAGUGUCUUUGCUUUCCGAUUUAGAGGGAGCUGAUAAAGUACAAGAAGAGCCAGUAGAGAAGGAAGGUGAUAGGAAAGAGUGUGUGAUAGCGGGGCACGUGGCCGCGAUGCGGGAGCGCUUCGAGAGCAUGACGCGCACCAACACACCCUGCCCGGACCUCAUGCGGUCCGCGUCUCCCGCGCUAGACGUCUUUAGAAACAUUACGCCCUCCCCUGAUCGUUUAGGAUAAAAGUUAAGAGUACUCGAGGCCAAUCUAAGUGACACUUGUUUAUAGAAACGCCAAAUAGAAACAUAUGGAAAUGAUCACGUGACUUUUCGUUCGCAUAUGUCCUAAACAUUUUUACCGUUGUCGAUAAACGAGUGUUUCUUUGUCUCGGCCCCAUUAAGGAAGAGGUAGAUUAGUUAGAUUAAAUCUUGAAUUUUUAGGCUUGAAAUAAUAACCUUAAUAGAGUACUUGAGAUGUUAGAAAGUCCUAUCGAAAUAUAUCGUCAGGUAACAACCAAAACUCACUGACGAUAUAUUUCUUCUUCUUCCUAACACCUCUUGUGCGGAUAUACUAGUUAUUUGUGGUUGUAUGGUGCAUUUAUUUUUAAGUAUACGUGUAGUUGUAGGCUACCUUAGGUAGUCAGGGCAAUAGGUUUUCAUAUCAAGACUUAUUUUACGAUAAGCGUUACUGUUAUAAGGUAUAACUAGUCUACCUCUUUUCUUAGUUAUCAUAGACAAGACGACGUACGUAGUUGAAAAAAAUAUCGUUGAGGUUUUAAUAGUUAAAUUAGAUAGCGCCACGCCAUAUGAUUUCUAGUAACUGGAUUUGCAAACGUUAGCGCUUGAUAAUCUACUUGCUACGAAAAUAUAUGGCGACUUGCAGCAUCAUUUAGCCUCGUCCUGCCCACCAUACUUAGUGUAAGCCAUUAAAAUUUAUACCAAAUUGUUCAGAAAAUAGGGUUGAUUUUCCUUUGUGUCUCGUUUUAAAUAAAAUAAAAAAAUUUAGUAUAACCUCAACCUGUCCAGGCUUUUUAUUUAUAACUUGCUAAAAAUGAAAUAUGUCCUUUAAAAAUCACAUUGGGCAGAACGAGGCUAGUACAGUUUUAAAACCGCUAUAUGAUAUAUUCUUCAAUAAUGCACUGUGUUAAGUCUGUUGUCUAUGUUAGGUAUAGUUGUGGUGUGAUUCAAUUUUGUAUCCCCUUUUUACGAAGUAACGAGUAUUUAAAAGUAUUGAGAUGCAACCUUUGCUAGUCUUAUGCGAUAACACCAACAGUAACGAAAGUGCCAAGGGUGUUUUCACACUUAGUAGGAGGGUUGUGAUUUUUUUUCGUAGCGUAUGCAUUUGUACGAAUGCAGUAAGUCUUCUGAUAGUCAAAAGGUUAUGUCGCUAAUAUUAUCUUAGGGUAGUUGUUUUAGAAUUGCCCAUAUUCUGUCCCUACGUAUAUUUCAAUUUUAAUCUGAAAUGUAACUAGUGACUGCAUACAUUUCUCACUGUCAGAAGAUUCAUAGGCGAAGCGAAGGGGUACAUAUCGGGAAGCUGCAUAGUUUUUAGAAAAUGUAAGGGCAACGUUUAUAUUAUCUUCAGUAUAUUUGCAAUUUACCCAGUGAUAAGCGACAUGUAACAGUACUAAUUAAUCUAUUGUGAUCUGGAGAAGCUCAAAUUUUGUAGUUUUUUAAUAAAGCCUUGAACUAUUGCGUCAGACCAAGUAUUAUGUAACUGCUCUGAUUAGCUUACGCUUUAAACUGAAGAGAAAUGGGUAAUACUCGGGCGUUCAAAUCGAUGUCAUCAUCCUAGUUGUUUCCACUCAUGAGCGGCUAACCAAGGUGCCGUCUCUCUGUCGCACUUAUAUGGAAGAGUGAUAGACAUUACCGUUUCGUUUGCUACGGCGCAAACGAUUGGUGUCUUGGCUAAGCCCCCAGAGCCUUAAGGAGUGUGCGAACGAUUCUGGUGGCAGACCCUCAAACACACAUGGUCCCUAUUGCGAUUAGGAUCACGUUCCAUCGCAUAGGUUACUGCGUUCUGUAGAUUAAUCCAAGCAGUACAUCGAGAAACUGAUUUAUACAGAGAGCGGAAACUAGAUUGAGAUGACCAAAACCAGCAUGUUAUUUCCCUAAAUUCAGGAUAAUGAUAGCGGUUCGAACGCUACAAUAUUAAUAGGGGGCCUUACGCUGUCAAUAUGACGUCACGGCAGGACCCUGAGUUGAUUGGAUCGCCGCCAUUUUAUUCAUAAUCUGCUCUGAUUGGCUGACGACUUAUGCUUCCCUAUUUACGCAAUCGAUUAUAUACUUAUUAUAUAAUUUAUAAAAAGUUGCCAUAAAAGUUAAACAUUUGUUGUCAAAUUAUUUUAUAGAAAUCAUUCGGUUACUUUAUGACUUUUGUCUGUUGUGAAUUUUGUACCAAAUGUUUAUUGGAUGAAACAAUUUAUUUAAUGGUGAUAUUAGUUGUAUACAAUAUGAAAUCUUGUUGUAAUCCAUGUACUUUAGUGUUAUCAGUCUUCUAACAGUGUAGUUUUUAGUCCUAGUUAUUAUAUAAACGUGUUAUGUGUACAGACCAGACCUUUAACAAUAUACGGCUACUUAAUACAA